UAGUCUACCACCAAGAAAUGCAAGGCACGUUCCAUUUUUCCCACGCGACAAGUGGAGAUGAACACGAUUAGGCAAUCAAGGAAGGUUAGUUCAGAAGUCGCGACGGAGAUAGAUACUUGAAGGAUCACCGAAUACAGAAGUAGUCAACUUCGAGAAGGAAAGAACAAAGUGUAUCCCAGGUAGUUUCAUACUCUACCUCCUACUUGGGGAAGGCACACUUUCUUUCAAACGGCUCGAGAUUUAUCGAUGAUCUUGAUAACACAAAGUCGGAGUGGCCGUGUCUUGUAACGACAAACAUCCAUUGCAAUUAUCAAGGACCACGUCCGACUGUAAUGCAUGACCCAGUUGCAAAUUCAUGUACCCACUCUAGGUACUCAGUGCCUCAUCUCGAUUCUGCAGACUGGGGAAAAGCGAAGCCCGUUCAAUACCUAAAGAAGAAAGGCUCAGUUUUGACCCACAAAGACUCAUAAGGAAGUCUACGCUGUGCCAUUCAUUAUCCAUAGGGGCCUUGUAUAGGGGUCCUGCAAGAACUCGACUCGAGCUAUUCAGGUGUUUGAUAUUCUGACGGUCGUCCAUUGAACACAAGAUGCCCGCUCUUGUCAGAUCCAACUCCUUUAUUUUCCCGGACCUAGACUUUACUUUACGCCGCCAAUUCAAUAAGACUGGUUUUCGUCCAUUUCAACGAGAGAUCAUACAAGCCGCGCUUGAUGGAAACGAUGUUUUCGUUCAAGCAGCAACCUCCUUUGGCAAGAGUUUAUGCUUCCAACUUCCGGCUGUAGUAGAUCAAGGCAUCACUAUUGUUGUGUCGCCGCUGUUGAGUCUCAUGAUGAACCAGGUAGAAGCUCUCCGGGCUUCUGAUAUCGAUGCUAGUUCGCUGAACAGCAACACGCCCCUAAUAGAGAAAGAUCGUAUCAUGAAUGACCUCAAAACUGGUCAUCCACGUAUUCGGUUGCUCUAUGUCACUCCGGAACUUUGUGCUCAAGACCGUUUUCGGGAUAGGCUGAGGGUGGUCCAUGAACAACGAGAGCUUGCACGCAUUGUUAUCGAUGAAGCCCACUGCAUCUCAGAAUGGGGUCAUGACUUUCGUAAAGAUUUCAAGAGACUGGCAUGGUUUCGUGAAUCGUUUCCCGACGUGCCGAUUAUGUGUCUAACGGCGACGGCCAACAAUCAGGUACGCCAAGAUGUGCUUAACAUUCUUGGGUUAGACACCAAUCUAGGGAGGCUAAAAACGUUCACGAUGACAGCCCAUCGACCAAAUCUCCAUUUCGAGAUACGCUUUACACGCGACGAGGAUGAUCGACGACUAGAUGAUUUCCUUAAGUGGAUACGGGGCGUCUAUCAGCGUAGGGCCAAAGAUGAGCGAAGAAGCGAGCUUGACGCCCUCGGUGAGCGUGCUGAUAAUGUACCAGGCAUUAUCUACACUAUCUCGCGGGACGAAUGCGAAAGCCUCGCUUCACAACUUAGACAAGAGGGCAUCGGAGCUCAGCCAUUUCAUGCCAAGCUGUCUAAAGAAACCAAAGAGCGAGUUCUUGCCAAAUGGGUUUCUAACGAACCCGGAUACGAUAUAAUCGUGGCUACAACUGCGUUUGGCAUGGGCAUCGACAAAAACAACGUCCGUUUCGUUGUGCACUGGCGGCUUCCUAAAUCCUUCGAAGGGUAUUACCAGGAAGCCGGACGGGCUGGACGCGACGGAAACGCGGCGUACUGUUUUCUAUAUUACAGUCGCGAAGAUAGGGACCGAGUCAGCAGUUUAAUUAUACGGGAUCGAAAUACGUCGACCACAAUUUCAUGCUCUAACUUCGAGGCACGCGCCAAGAGCUUGCAAGCGUUAGCCGAAUAUUGUGAGAGUACAAAUGCUUGCCGUCAUAAGCUCAUCUGCAACUAUUUCGGGGAGAAUGAUACCCCGCCAUGUGAUUAUGCAUGCGACUGGCAUAAGGAUAGCGUCGAUCUCCAACGACGUUUCCUCAGAGGCCUGGCGAGCGAAGAGUGGGUCAGCACGCAGAGAGAGGAAGGUCUGUAUGAUGUAGAUUGGGACGAAUAAUUUACGAAGAAUCUCGGUUGGCAAAAUAGGUCUGCCGUCCAGACUCAUCGUGUAACAUCUGUGCCAGCGUCUGACAGGAAUGAGAGGGUGAACCAAUAUACGGACGAUGCUGGCUCUCACGCAUGACAUACUGCAUCCCUCCAAUCGGCUCAAUUCUCAAUUAGGA